AUGAUCAGGGCGAGAUACACGAGUCUGCGGCUGGCCGGCGCCGUGAAGCCCCGGGCCGGAGACCGGGGACGGCCGCUGCUGGGGGUGACUCAAAUGAGUCAAAUCAGCUCCACCGCCCCUCCACCCGAGUCGCACAAGAACCAGCCGUCGCCACUGCCGUUCUACGACACCCAUCAGGAGCAGUCCGAGGCGUAUAGCAAGCGACAGCGGCAGCCGCUGUUUGUGGCGACCCGCAACAUGGGUCUGUUCCCCCUGGUGGACUGCGAACGAUCGCUGGAUCAGGCGCUCAAAAGCAAGGUGUUCCAGCAAAACUGGUUUGCGGCCGACUACGACGCGGACCUGGUCAACGCACCAACAACAUUGACAAUCACAGAGGCCGAGAUCGACCGACAAAGGCGCGAGAAGGAGGCCAAAAAGGCAGCCAAAAAGACGGCCAACAAGGCGCCCGACAGCAGCAACACCGCAGACACCACCAAACCAACACAAUCACCACAAACACCAUCCAAGUUCAAACAGCUGACCGCUCUGGCCAAGGUGGCUCUUACAGUGUACAAGUCCGGCAUCAAAAACGUCUGGAUCAACCGCAGCCAAGCCAAGCAGCUGCUCAAAAAGUACGCCGCCUCCAACAAGACCGAUAUCACCGACGCCGUACUUGAACACUACUUCUACAACCAGGUGGCCACCCACAAAUGCAUCUUUUCAACCGUGACCGGCGAGCUGACGUUACACAAGCGAGACAAAGAAAUCGCCCGAGAGCGAGACAACAACCGCCGCAAGAUUGAGGUCAACAUCCUACCACCAGACGGAGAGGCUCUCACGCGGUCCGAAUACCAGCUCAUUCUGCGAACCGCGCGCGACUUCCCCAAACUGCCGCUUUUCGUGGUGGUAUUUUGCAUCUGCUUCGAGUUCACACCGCUGGUGGUUCUCGCAUUCCCACAGGUUCUUCCAGGCACAUGUGUGAUCCCUUCCCAGGCCCGCAAGAUGCUGGAGGUCCGGUCCAAGGCCACUCGCGAUCUGCUCAAGCUCAAGGGCGAGACCCAGCCCGCUCACUCGACAUACCAUCUGAACAAGGACCAAUUGCACGCAAUUUGCAAAGCCCUCAAGCUCACAGCCUCCAUGGUGCCUAUCAACUGGUAUCCAACUUCGUGGCUGCAGACCCGUGUGGAAAACCACAUGAAGCAGGUGCGUGCAGACGACAUUCUCAUUGCAAAGAGCGGAGGAGCAUGGAACAUGUCUCUUGCUGAGCUACAGCAGGCGUGUUUGGAUCGAGGCAUUCCUGUGAUUGCCGAGGACGGAACCGCAUACAACGUCGACUGGAUGCGAGUCAACAUCUUCUACUGGAUCGUCAAUUACUCACGAGGUCGCUACGAUGCAGGAUACCUGUUUGCGGACUUUGAGGAUCUGCAUCCCGAGGAGGCGUCGCAGGUCAUGUAUCUGCGAGAUGAGUACGAUUGGUCGCUGGUGAAUCUCAAGCGACCUUGA